AUGGAAUCAAAAUGUGGUGAAUCAAGUAAUGAAGACCUUUUAUCAAAUAGUGGAAUCACAUCCAAUGGAGGUUCUGGAAGCCCAUUUUUUGUGUCAUCUAUUCGGAGCACAAUGAUCGAAAACACAUCAUCGAUUGGGACAUUGACACAAAUCCCUUAUAUCUCUAAAUAUGAAAUGGAACUUGAACCUCACAGAAAAAGUAUCCCUUACCCUGGAAAAGAACAUAUUGAACGUGUGUUGGAUGAAUAUUCACAUCAGGUCAAAGAUUUGCAGAGAAGAUUAAGUGAAAGCAAUGAAUUGCAUGAGAAACAGAAGUCUUACCUGAGGCAGUCAGUCAUUGAUUUGCAAACAAAACUCCAAGAAAUGCAAAUGGAAAGAGAUGCCAUGGCUGACAUCAGACGCAGGGAGAGUCAGUCCCAGGAGGAUUUAAGAAAUCAGCUUCAAAAUACAGUCAAUGAACUGGAAGCUGCCAAAAGUCUUAAAGAGGACAUGCUGAAAGAUAGCAGCACACAGAUAGAGCAGCUCAGAAAGAUGAUGCUCAGUCAUGAGGCUGUGCUACAAGAAAUCCGGUCAAUCCUAGUUGACUUUGAAGAAGCCUCAGGCAAGAAAAUAUAUGAACAUGACAGCAUAUCUACUGUCCACUUCCGCAACAUGGGCUCAGCUAUUAGUAAAAUUCUAAGAGAAUUAGACACAGAGAUUUCUUAUCUGAAAGGGAGGAUAUUUCCAGUAGAAGAUCAGCUCGAAACAUUGAAAUCUGAAUCACAGAACAAAGUAGAACUGCUUCUUCAGCAACAUCAAGACAGAAUUGAGCAGUUAAUAAAUGAACAUGAAGUUGAAGUCGCAGGACUUACUGAGAAAGCUAGCAGUGCUCGAAGUCAAGCCAGCAGUGUCCAGAGUCAACUAGAAAUCAUUCAAGAACAAGCACGAAAUCAGAAUUCAAUGUAUAUGCGUCAACUCAGUGACCUGGAAUCUACUGUUUCUCAGCUACGUUCUGAAUUAAGAGAAGCUAAAAGGAUGUAUGAAGACAAGAUAGAAGAUCUGGAGAAACAGUUAGUCCUUGCCAAUUCGGAAUUAACUGAAGCACGGACAGAACGUGACCAGUUCAGCCAGGAAUCUGGAAAUUUAGAUGACCAGCUUCAAAAGUUGUUGGCUGAUCUCCAUAAAAGUGAAAAGGAGCUGACUCUGGAGAAGGAACAGAAUAAACGCCUGUGGGACCGGGACACUGGUAACAGCAUCACCAUCGACCACCUGCGGCGGGAGUUGGAUGACAGGAAUAUGGAAGUGCAGCGCUUGGAAGCCCUCCUCAAAGCCAUGAAGAGCGAAUGUCAGGGCCAGAUGGAACGGCAGAUGGCAGCAAUUCAGGGAAAGAAUGAAAGUCUAGAAAAAGUAUCCUCUCUGACGGCUCAACUCGAAUCCACCAAAGAGAUGCUCCGCAAAGUAGUAGAAGAGUUAACAGCAAAGAAAAUGACGCUGGAGAGCUCAGAGAGAACCGUCUCGGACCUGACUGCUUCUCUGCAGGACAAAGAGAGAGCUAUUGAAGCGACCAAUGCGGAGAUCACCAAGCUUCGCUCCCGGGUAGACUUGAAAUUGCAAGAGUUGCAGCACUUAAAAAAUGAAGGGGAUCACCUGAGAAACAUGCAGACAGAAUGUGAGGCCCUCAAGCUGCAGAUGGCCGAAAAGGACAAGGUGAUCGAGAUUUUGCGACAACAAAUCGAAAACAUGACACAAUUGGUCGGGCAGCAUGGACGAACUGCUGGUGCUAUGCAAGUAGAAAAAGCUCAACUGGAGAAAGAGAUUAAUGAUAGGAGACUGGAACUCCAGGAAUUUAAGAUUUUAAAAGAUAAAAAGGAUUCAAAGAUACGGGAGCUUGAAGUCAGAGUGAGUGACUUGGAGCUGGAAAAGGUGAAACUGGUGAAUGCAGGCUCUGAGAGGCUUCGUGCAGUGAAGGACAUCAAACAAGAGCGAGAUCAAUUGCUAAAUGAGGUGAAAACUAGUAGGAACGACUUAAAUAAUCUUACAGAGGAAUAUGAAGUCUUAAAAAGGAACUUUAGAAACAAAACUGAAGAAAUGGAAACUACUACAAAUAAACUAAAAUUGCAGUUACAAUCAGCACAGUCUGAACUAGAACAAACAAGAAAUACAUUAAAGUCAAUGGAAGGAUCUGAUGGCCAUGCUAUGAAAGUGGCAAUGGGAAUGCAAAAGCAAAUAACAGCUAAAAGAGGUCAAAUAGAUGCCCUUCAGAACAAGAUACAGUUUUUGGAAGAGGCAAUGACAAAUUCAAACAAGGAAAAACAUUUCCUAAAAGAAGAGAAAACAAAAUUAAGCCAGGAAUUAAGUUCUGUUGCAACAGAAAAAAGUAAGAUGGCCGGAGAACUGGAGAUCCUGAGGUCCCAGGAACGGCGAUUAAAAGAAAAAGUUGCUAAUAUGGAAGUAGCUCUUGAUAAGGCAUCUUUGCAGUUUGCAGAAUGUCAAGAUAUAAUACAGCGCCAGGAACAAGAAUCGGUGCGUCUAAAACUUCAGCACACUAUGGAUGUAAAAGAACUUCAGGGCCCUGGAUACACAUCAAAUUCUUCUUUGAAACCACGCCUUGCCCAGUCAUCAACUACUGCCCGUUCUCAUUCUAAUGUGCCAUCUUCCCAGUCGUCAGCCAGCUUCCUUUCUCAUAACUCUCUGAAACCUAAUGUCCUGAAAGAAGAUCCAACAAGGGACCUGAAACAGCUUCUCCAAGAGUUGAGAAGUGUGAUCAACGAGGAAACCCCCAUGUCUCUGAGCAAGACAGAGGAAGAUCCAAUAGCAGCCCCUCUGAGCAUCUCCUAUGGGUUUGUAGAGGAUAGAGUAAGAAAUUGCACUACUGAAUCAAGCCUGAGAGUAGAGAUGAGCCAUAGAAGCAACAACUCAUUUAGGGAAUCCACAGAAGGCAGCAAAUCAAGUGAUAGCAGAGAGCCAGUAGCAUUACAUAACGGAGACCUAGAGGAUCAUUCUGGUUGCUUUGCAUUUACAUCUCUAGCCACACCAUCUGUGAAAAAUCUAGCUUCUCGUUCAUUCCAUUCUUCUAAGAAGUCUCCAGUUCACUCACGUCUAACUAGUUCAGCUGAAGAUUCAGUAGGUUCUGCAUCACAUUAUAGACCUACCAAAACUCAUUCGCCUGCUGCUUCUAUUAAAUCUUCACAGUCUCAGCCAAUAGAAACAACAGGGAAAACGUGCAGGAAGCUUCAGAACAGACUGGAAAGCUUACAAACGCUGGUAGAAGACUUACAGCUGAAGAAUCAAGCAAUGUCUUCAAUGAUCAGAAAUCAAGAAAAGAGAAUACAGAAAGUGAAAGACCAGGAAAAAAUGUUAUUAAAAUGA